AUGAACGGAUUCGCAGCUUCGCAAAUCCGGACUCUGUGGUUAGAUGUCAGGCAGAGGUAUCCUGAGCUGGACGUGAGCAGCAACCUCACGCCAUGGCUUGUGCGCCACGCGGCGUGGCUCAUAGCCAGAUACCACACACGCAGCAGAGAUGGCAUGACGCCAUACAAGCUGGUCACAGGAGGUGACUACAACCAUCCUGUAGCCACAUUGGGAGAAAUAGUGCUUGGCAAGGUGCCGAGCCCCAAAGGCAAGAUCCAACGCCGAUGGAUCAAAGGAGUGUGGCUUGGAAAGCUGGACAGGGACGACAGCAAUGUGCUUGGCACAGCGUCAGGUGCAAUCGCUGUGCGGUCCAUAAGGCGACUGCCCAAGGAGGGACAGAUCAGCUCAGAGCUGAUGGCAGCCAUGAAGGGAACCCCUUGGCAGCCGAGAGAUGGUGUGAGGCAUAAGAUCACUCGUGAGUUGUUUCAACCAAUCGCUUUUCCAGCACCAGCCGCAUCGGGUAGCCCCGAGCGAGAAGAAGCAGCAGAUCGGGAGCAUCCGACGCUGGCAGUGGACGGACACAACGUCGACCACGACGCCCUCGUGGUACAAGCCGCGGCACAGCUAGAGGAAGAGCUGGAACCGAUGCAGGAUGCGGAGGAAUUUCCAGAUCUAGCGGGUGGCCCCACAGACGUCAGUCCCGUUCCAACAACGCCAGCGGAAUCCGAGAUUGCAGAUCCUCCGCCGCCCGAGCAUGGGCCGAGCGGGUCUCCACCGCCCUUUCGGGGAGCGGGAUGGUCCUCAAACUUGCAAAGUCUUCCCAAUGAACCCAUGAGUCCAUCUGGAUUGGGGGCAGGAGGGAAACGAGAGAGGGCUAAUCCGGGAGAACUGAAGACCGGCGAAGCUGAUGCAAAGCAGCCCCGGCAAGCAGGGAUCUUGCAGCACUUGACAACCAAAGAGAUCUGGGAGAAAAUCCAGCAAUGGGGAAACUCAGAAGAACCGCACAACCCAACAGCGAUCCAGCGAAUUUCAAAUGUGACAGAAUUCGUCGAUCAGAUGCUCGACCCUGAGGAGGUAUCCAAAGCCCGAAAGGCACAACUGCGAAAGCUGUGGGAGCGAGGAGCGUUCACUCCCAUCCACAGAAAAGACAUACCCCAGGGAUCGCAGCUUUUUGGUCACAAAUGGGUAGACAAGUGUUCACGAGGGACUUACAAGUCGCGCUUCACAUGCGCAGACGUCAAGGCGCGAUACACCCAAGAGCAAGAGGCUGAGCUGGAUGUUUUCGUGCCAACUCCAACUCCUGAGUCUCACAAUGUCUUAGAAGUAUACGCCCUCAUGAACAAGUUCUACACGAGGAGCUUAGACAUAGUUGCAGCCUUCCUCAUAGGAAGGGACCGGGGCGCAGCACAAGGUAAACCGGUCUAUGUCCGAGCACCCAUCGAAUGGUGGGAUCUCUUCCUCGAAUGGCUCAAGGAAGUCAACCCAGCGGAUCGGCAGUGGUACAAGGAUCGGUUCAAAGAAAUGUGUUUCCGGCUGGAUGGAAAUCUCUACGGUCGAAGAACGGCCGGAUCUGUGUAUAGAAACGAGUUAGAAGAGAUAGUGUGCUCGCGGGUAGACCCGCAGCGGUAUGCCUUUGUCAGGGCCAAGACUGGCAUUGUACUGCUGCACCAUGUGGACGACAUCCGCGCAGCAGGACCUUCAGAGGCCCUAGCGCAUCUCUUCGAACAAGAACUACCGCGACACUGCGAAGUGCAAGCGGGAGAACUCGAAAAGGAGGGAACGGCAGUGGAAUACCUGGGACGCACCAAAGUGCGCAGUGAAGAUGCAAUCCUCACCAUCCCAGACGAAAAGCACAGGCAAGCCGUGAUCUCCGCAGCGGGUAUCUCCGCGCGUGACAGGAGUGAGGUUCCGUCCAAACAAUUGAACCUUCUGGAAACCACUCCCCUGUCCGAAGAAGAAGCAAAACGCUAUCGCAGCGCAGUAGGAUCCGCGAUCUACCUGAGCUUGGAUCGCAGAGAUAUACAAUAUGCUGUGAAGGAAGCAGCGAGACACAUGUCGCAGCCAAGGCAGUGUGACAUGAAAGCUGUGAAGACACUUGCAGCAUACCUGCAAACUCACCCCACGGUUGGCAGGGUGGUAACAUGUGAUCCGCCAAGUGCGACUGGCGAGUGGAGCAUAGAAUUGUAUUCCGACUCAGACUGGGCAGGGUGCCUCGAGAGCCGAAGGAGCACCGACUGUCAUGUGGCAGUAGUCUGUGGAGCUGUGGUUGCUUGCACAACCCAGACGCAACCCGGACUGCCAGCUACUAGCAGCCCAGAUGCGGAACUAAGAGGUGUAUCCAGAGCAGCCAGAGAAGCAAUCUACUUGCGCGAUCUCAUCACCUUAGAUUUUGGCCAACUGUGCGGGAAGCCCCGCCUAUGGACCGACAGCUCGUCGGCCAUGCAGGCAGCGAAACGCAUAGGUCCAGGAGCCAAGUUGAGGCACCUGGAAGUCUGUGAGUUUUACGUGCAAGGAGCGAUCCAGUCAAAGCAGCUCGCUUUGGGAAAGGUGAAAGGAACGCUCAACUGUGCAAACUUUCUGACGAAACAUCCCAAGUCAGGGACAGAGGUAAAGCAAGCCCUACAUGGACUGGGUAUGUGCGAAGCUCACGACGGAGAGGAUGUGCUAUCAUCCACAAAGCGUAUCUCCGUCAAGGUCUCGACGUCGGUGACCAAGCAGCAUGCUUGGAAGACUCCGGUCCCAGCAAGCGUUGCUUGGAUUGACAACAGAAAGGACCGAGCGGGUAGCACCGCCCCGAAAACAAAGGGCAGUGUGAACUACAUCAAGUCGUUGGUGAUUCUCAGCCAGAUCACCGCAGUGCGAGCGCAGGGACAAGGAAAUCAAUGGAUCAAUCCAAUUGUCCUGUACACCCUCGCGCUCAUCGGCUUGUUAGCCAUCUAUGUGAAGCUGUAUCAGCUAGGAGUGCUGAUCACAGACUGGCUUUUCCCGCCUGAAGGCGAAAAUCAACUUCCCGAACAACCGGUUCAAGUUGAAGGAGCCGAAGUGCAACUUCAGCUGGAUAGCGCUACGGUGCGCCUCAACAUCACCGCCUACCGAGACGGUAGACCGCUGAACAUCAGCCAGACGGUGAAUGCGCCAGCGGCAGCCCCGCGGCCAGGUUCCGCGGAAGCCCCGCAGCCUCAACCGGCGGAAACCCCGCGGCAGGAGGAACUAACUCCUAGUCGCAUCGAGCGCUGGUCAGAGGAACAGUGGGUACAAAGAGGGGCAGAAAGCAACAUGACCCUCCAGGAGCUGAUCGAAUGGCGCAGGCGCGAAGAAAGGCUGAUUCAUGGGCAAGACCCAGACUCCAGCCAAGAUGAGCCAGGUGAGUCAACUUCGCACAGUGCGGACAGCCCCGCCUCUGAGCGGGAUGUACCGCCUGAGCGGGAGGAACCGCCUGAGCGGGUAGCACCGCCCGAGCGGGCGGAGCCGCCGAUCUCCAGUUCCGGCCCGGAGCUCUUGACGGGAGACCCAGCCAUUGAGCGGGAAGCUCCGCUAGAUCCCUUUGAUGGGAUGAGUCCAAAUGAGCUCCAGCAGUGGCGCGAGGCCGAGAACAGAGUUCUGGGGAUCGAAGGCGGCAGCUCCAGGUGCCCCAGAUUCAACACGCCACUCACAUCCCUUCUGUGGCGUCAUCGCUCCCUGGAGCAAAGAAUCGUGGAGUUGGAGGAGCAACAGGUUCGCCUCCAACGUAGCCUUGGCAGAGUGAUCGAAACAAUGUGUGCUUGGGACAACACACUGGCCCAUGCCUUCAAUUUGAUCUUGCCUACAGGUGCCUCUGGAUCGACUGCAGCAGGGGGUGAUGCGACCAGAAGUGCGGGCAGUGCAGGAGCGGCUUCCAGAACAGCGGCCGAACCUGAUGUGGAGCCGGAGACAGGAGACGGAAGCCGUGGAAGCUGA